GUAACAAACAUCACCACUUUAACAUCUAAUACAACAGCUGCAAGACCAACUACAACCACAUCAACAUCUGAUUUUACAUUGGAGAUGUCAUUUAAAAUUCUACUCGCCUUUGACCAACAUUUGGCUAAUUCAUCAAGCUCAAUGUUCAAAACAUUUAAAUCAGACAUAGAACCAACUCUCACUAAAAAUUACGGAAAUUUAAAUGGUUUUGUUGAAGUCUAUGUCCUUGGCUUCAGGAAUGGCAGUGUGGUUACAGAUUUUGUACUGAAGGCAAACAGUGUGAAUUCCACUGCAAUUGCCACACUGAACAGUAAGGUUGCAGUGGAUCUUCAGGCCCAGGGUUACAAUGUUGACCCAACUUCCUUCAGUGGAGUUAUUCAAGGAAAUCAGCCUUUUAUAAAGAACUAUGAUAUUAUAUAUCCUGGUACCACUUUGCAGCUGACUUGUGUGGUUCCAGUAACUAUGCAAAUGGGAACUGGGUCAUGGUUCGUGAAUGGUCUGCCGGUGUCAAACAAUGCAAAGUAUUCAAUCACCAAUUCACCUCCCACACUGACUGUUCAGGACAUGAGCGGUGAUGACAAUGGAAUAUACAUGUUCACAAUGACUCAGUCGUUCUUGACAUUCACCCAUGAGGAAUCCAUUUCAGUGACAGAUGUUGUUCCUCCCAUUAUUCAGCUGAACAUGUUAGCAACUAAUGUUCCAUGUGGAGCAAAUGAAAAUAUCCCAUUGGAGUGUUGUGUUACAUACUACCUAAUUAAAAACGUUACAGCAAAAUGGAUGGACGGUUCUGUUGAAAUACCCUCUGUACAGACCACAACAAACAUGCUAUGUGUCAGUGCUGCAUACCCAGUACCAAAUCAAUGCAAUACAAAGGAACUCACAUGCCAAGUGAUUGUCAAGAAAAUAUCUACAACUCAAACAUUGACAAAAAAUGUAACGCUAAUGUUUUUCAGUGGAGCACCUGACUGUAAGGACCCCACAACAUAUGGUCUUGGGAAGAAUGGAAAUACAUCUACUGUUUCCUGCCCAGCCAAUUUUACAGGCAGCAGGACUGCAGUUUGUGAAAAUGGGAAUUGGGCCCUUGUGGAGGACAAUUGUGUCUUUAGCAUAAUAAAGACACUAGAACUGUUUUCUCAGAGUCUGAGUUCAGCUAAUGUAUCAUCAUUUGUGAAUGAUCUUAGGAUAACCACUACCAAUUAUACAACAAUCAUAACACAGUCACCAGCCACCAUUAUCUCUAUUGUGAACAUACUUCGCAAAGUUGCAAAUGUUUCACAAAAUAUAAGCAAAACUUCAAUGCAGGAUGUUUUGGAAACAGUAUCAGUUUUAGUAUCAGCCCAAGCUAAGGAAUCCUGGGCAGGACUGAACAGUAACAACAGAACCCAAAACACAAGUUCUGCUUUACUGGAGUCAAUAGAAAACAUUACACACAGCCUAUCAAGCAAUUCCUUUACAAUUAUUACAACAAACAUUCAGUUAAACAAAACAACAUUAACAUUCCCUUUCAAUGAAGCCAUGAAUUCAUCUCAGAUACUUAUCCCAAGUCAAGGUCUUUCCAGCAACAUGGCUAUCACAACAAUCGUCUUUACGACUCUUGACUUUGUCUUACCUAACAGGACCACUGGAAACAGUACGAACAACUCCAUCAAUGGAAUUGUCUUGUUAGCCUAUGUAAAUGAAACCAUUAAUAAUGUUUCACUGACAUUUGAUAAAACAAACAAAACAAAGGGAAACAACCAGUGUGUUUUUUGGAACUUCAAAAUUUUUGAAGGCACCGGAGGCUGGGACUCUACUGGAUGCAAACUGGAUUCUGAAACGAAUGUCAGUGUCACCUGUUCCUGUAACCACCUGACUUCCUUUUCGAUAUUAAUGUCACCUUACGUACCUGAAUACAUUGAGGUUGCUCUGAAUUACAUCACCUACAUUGGAGUCAGCAUAUCAAUGGGAUGUCUGGUCUUAUGCCUUAUAAUUGAAGCAUUUGUGUGGAGCGUUGUCACUAAGAACAGCACGUCACACAUGCGACAUGUCGCUAUAGUGAACAUUGCUCUGUCUCUGCUUAUUGCUAACAUAUGGUUCAUCAUUGGAGCAGCGGUGUCAAACGUAGGCCAGAGCACACCGAAGAAUGCAUGCAGUGCUGCAACCUUCUUCAUUCACUUCUUUUAUCUUGCCUUGUUCUUCUGGAUGCUGGUCUCAGCUCUCUUGCUCUUCUACUGCACCGUGAUGGUUUUCUCCCGCAUGUCCCACAUGUCAAAGAGCACUAUGAUGGCCAUCGCCUUCUCAGUGGGCUACGGGGCACCACUCAUCAUUGCCAUAAUCACCAUUGCAGUCACUGCCCCCAAAAAUGGCUACUUCAGGCAAGAUGAUGCAUGUUGGUUGAACUGGUACCAGACUAAGGCCCUCCUGGCAUUUGUGAUUCCAGCCUUGAUCAUCGUCGUUGUGAACCUGCUCAUUCUAAUUGUGGUUCUGUUUAAAACACUGAUGAGGGGUGUUGGUGAGAACCGUCAGUCUGAUGAGAAGAAUGCUCUGGUGGUCAUCGCAAGGUGUGUCGCUGUUUUAACUCCCAUCUUUGGCAUCACCUGGGGACUUGGCAUAGGGACCAUGGUGGCACCCGCAAAUCCCGGAGUCCACAUUGCAUUUACAAUCUUCAAUUCACUUCAGGGGUUCUUCAUUUUAGUAUUUGGGACUCUUUUAGACAGCAAAAUUCGAUCAGCAGUUGUUGGAAGAUUUUCAUUUUUGCGUUCAUUAUCUAGCCGAACAAGGAGCACAAGUGCUGGUCCAUCUUUGUCCUCUUUGGCUGAACGUAUUAAACGAAGGAGGCAAAAUGUUUCUGCUUCUGAUUCUUCAACAAGUCUUAGGGCUUCGGAUGCAUUAAUCAGUGCUUAGCUGCCUGGUUGCUCAACUGAUGGUGCGAAUUUUUCUCAGAAACAGCUAAAUGGUUUUACAAAAAAAUUAAAUAGAAAAGUAAUUAUAAUAAUAAUAUAUUAUUAUUAAUUAGAAAUUAAUACAGUGUGUAUCCCUGAGUGGCGUGUAUAUUGUUGAUUUCUCUGACUGUGCUGCUGCUAAUAUUAAGCUUAUAGUGGCUGUUAAUAAUUUUUUUACUCUUUUCAUAUGGGUCUGAUGCAUCGAAACCAUUCUGUGCCAUAAGGGUUGUUGAGUUUGUAAUAUUCAUUAUCCCUCCUCCAAAUAAUAUAUUUGUUUUUUGGAACGUUGGAUGUUUAAAACACUUGUAAUCUGACUGCCUGUGGUUGCUUUUUAAAUACUAUUAUUUUUCUUUAUAAAGGGAAGAUUUAGUAUUCCAGAAAUGUUCACAUUAAAAUUAGUUUAAAAAUUAUUUAUGCCAAAAAAGUCAGAGUCGUCUUUUAUUCAGGCCAAUACGGUAAUUUUUUUAUUUUUGGUUUUUUGUCACUUGAGUCACUGGAUAUUCAGAUUUAUCUCUCUUUUUUUCUGUGAACACAAACACUGUAUUUAAUCACUUAUGUUUUCAGUAGCAAUAUUAGUCUCUCUCCAUUUUUAAUGGAAGUAUAAUGAAAUAUGUAUCAAUGAAGUAUAAUGAAAUAUGUAUUCUGUCAGGUUUAUCUCAUUGUGGUAAUUAUUCAGCCUAUUUUAAUAAUGUAAUAUGGUGUCAAUAAUAUAAUCAAUUUUGUGUAUCAUAUUUUGGGCUGUGUAACAUUAUCUAUAAUAAAACUAUUACAAUGUGUC